GUGUUAGUGUGCUCCUUUCAACAAUUGCGUAUAAUGUUUUCUUCUGAAUUCUUGACUAUUUACAAUAAGCAAAUGACAAUUCUCUAUUUGUAGGAUUAUUCCUUUCAUUAAAAAAUAAGUAAAUUCCAACAUCCAUUUAGAUUUAGUAAGGAAAAAGUACAUUUUAUAACUUUUUAUUUGCUUCUCUUCUUUCUGUACUACAAUUUCUCAUCUCCAUGGUUUAUUAAUUUUUUUUUUAUCAUCUCUAUGGGGGAAAAGAACCCAUUAUCAAAGGCAAGUGGGGAAAAUGGAGGCUGAUUAGCCAAGCCAGACCUAGUCACCAUAUUAAUCCUUCUUUUAAUUUCCCCUCUCCCUCCAUUUCAUCUAUAUAUAUGUCUACUCUCUAGAUGACCAUUGGAAACCAAAAGGAAAGAAGAAGAAGAAGAAGAAGAAGAAGCGUCCCGAAGGAACAAGCAGUCAAAGUCCAGAAUGGGAUAUUCAAGAAGUACUUCCUUCAAUGGUAACAGUACGACGGCGCCGGCCAGCAUUACGAUGAUCGCUGUGCUGAUCAUCGCCGUCGGCAUAUCAUCGGCGGCGGGACAAGGACUGCUGAGGGAGAACUUCUACGCCGGGAGCUGCCCGAACGUGGAGGCCAUCGUUCAGCAGGCGGUGGCGACCAAAGCCAGCCAGCAGUUCACCACCAUCCCCGCCACUCUCCGCCUCUUCUUCCAUGACUGCUUCGUCACCGGCUGCGAUGCGUCAGUAAUGGUGGCGUCACCAAAUGGAGAUGCGGAGAAAGAUGCUUCCGACAACCUUUCCCUCGCCGGUGAUGGUUUCGACACAAUUGUAAGAUCAAAAACUGCUGUAGAAGCCAUAUGUCCCGGAGUUGUCUCUUGUGCAGACAUCAUGGCCAUUGCCGCUCGUGACGUUGUAGCAUUGGCUGGAGGCCCAUCAUUUGCAGUGGAACUGGGGCGAAGGGAUGGCAUGGUUUCCAAUGCAUCCCUCGUGGCCGGAAACCUGCCGGAGCCCAACAUGACCUUGCCUGAGCUCAAUGCCAUCUUCGCCAGGCACAAUCUCACCCAACUCGACAUGAUCGCGCUGUCCGGUGCUCACACGCUCGGCUUCUCCCACUGCGACCGCUUUGCCAACCGCCUCUACUCAUUUUCCAAAACAUCCACCGUGGAUCCUUCCUUGAACGCAACUUAUGCUCGGCAGCUUAUGAACGCAUGCCCUCAAAACGUGGAUCCUAGCAUUGCCAUCGACAUGGAUCCCACCACGCCACGGGCGUUCGACAAUGUCUACUACCAGAAUCUGGUUGAAGGCAUGGGUUUGUUCACUUCGGACGAGGUGUUGUACUCUAAUCCGAGGUCUCAGCCAACUGUGCUGGAUUUUGCGAGGAAUGCUGGCGAUUUCAAUGGAGCUUUUUCAUUUGCGAUGAGGAAGUUGGGUCGAGUCGGGGUGAAGACCGGGAGCCAAGGGAGUAUUAGGAGUGACUGCACAAACAUAAACUCUUGAGAAGUAGAACAAAGUGCUUCUCCAAAUGGUGCAAUAAGAAAGAGGAAAAUUCAUGAUUGUUAGAUUUCUCUCAUGGAGAGAUGUAUAGAGAUUUAUAGAUAUAUAUACACAUACAUCGAAACAAUCAAAUUAUGGAAUAAGAAGACAAUAAAUUACUGACUUGUUA